UCCUCCAUCCCUUCCCAAGAUCCAAAGCUCAGUUGGACCCAGCAAGAAGAAGAAGAGGAUGAGGGUGUGACAGAUUCGACAGAGGACGAAAACCAUUGCGGGGGCGGGAUCCACACCAAGCAUCAAUUUCAGUCACCUCCCACCAGAACAGAUCCGACUUCCCCUAUUGCUGAUGCCGACGGCCGAGGUGAACUUUGAGAACGACGAACUCCAGCUCCAGUCGCCGCCGCGAGAGUUCGAUGGAUACACUUGGUCAGUAGACGAUUCAUUGGAGUCGCCGCUGUCAGAGAUUGCAUCACCUCCAACAGCAGAGCUGGAACAACAAACCACCACGCCAAACCAGGUUCAAUCAGACCAAUCUGGUCCUCACCAAUGUCCAUGGAAGAGAAGGAUACGUCGUGGGAAAAUACCAGAUCAGCGUCAGCCUAAACAGGGAAGGGUCUGUGCGCUCGAAAAAGCAAUGCGUGACUUUGUUCAAAGGAAGUCUGGACAAGUGGUCGCCCCUGAGAUUGGAAGAGAGUUCGACUCACUUGCAGAGGCAUUUGAAUUUUACAAUCUUUAUUCUUGGGAGAUUGGCUUUGGCAUCCGAUAUGGUCAAUCUAGGACAAAUGCACAGAUCUGA